UCCCGUAGUCGGCUGCAGAGGCCGCCGUCGGGAGGAGUAGUAGUAUCAUCAGGCACGCGGCUGGCGAAGAACGUACCAAGGAACGUCAUUCUCCACUUUAUAUCUUCCCUUUCUACUUCCUCAAGGGGCGUCCAGGAGAGAGAGAGAGACGUUUGAGUGAAAUCGCAGGAAAGGCAAAGAAGAGGCGAAGAAGACCAUGAGGGCGCUACCCUUAGCAGCGCUGAUGCUCGUCGCGUCGGCGUCGGCGGCGGUAGGCCUAGUCCUUCAGGAGAACGACGCCGAAGAAGGCGCUGCCAUUGCUGGUGGUGCUGCUUCUUCUUCUUCUUCCAGGAGCCACCACGACCCUGCGACUGUGCCCUUCUCCCUUCCAUCCUCUUCUUCUUCUUCUUCUUCCUCUUCUUCCUCCUUCUCGCCUCCUUCCUCCUACUUUCAUUCCGGGGACGCGAACAUCCCGACGACCCAAGUGCAGACCCCCAAGGAACUGCCCACCACAGACACGUACUUGCACGACCCCACCAUCAACAAAGAUUUAGAGGACAGCAGUGAGUUCCACCGCAGUGGACCGACGCCCACGCCCUCGACGACGCCCAAAGCUCGGCGUCCAACGCCCGCGCCCACAAGGGCUUCGCCUCCGCCACAGACCGCCCCGUCACCAUCCCCACCCGCUCCCACACAACCGCCCUUACCGGUCCCAAGGCUACCACCCAAAUAUGAGAUGCUCCUGGAGGUGUAUGAUUCCCUGAAGGACGAGACCUCCUUCGUCAGGGAGCGAGAGAGAGAAGGGCGGGCCACACACACUCUCACGUCCGAAGCCCUCAACAUCUCCUGCAUAUUCAACACCCUCACUACCGAAGGAUAUGCUGUCGAAGGUGUCAAAUGCAAGAGGUACAAGGGCCUCCCCCACAAGUGCUUCUGCACGUCGAGAUUCUGCCGCCCUUACAUAGCUGUUCCCGCCCUUCUGCAGUUCCUGAGGGCGAGGGAAACAAAGGUCUCUCGGGAAUACGUCGGCGGGGAGAUGGAAUUAGAAGUGGCCGUGUGGAGAUACAGCAAUGUAGACAUUACUAUGGAAGCCGUAUUCACAAGAAUGGGCUUAAAGGAGUUCUCUCCUCACAGCUUCUCCGUUAAAGGAUUGGGUCGACUCUUCAUGCUACCCGGAGGUGAAAUCAACCUCCACUACCAAGUGAGGUCGUGGGCAUUGGACACCGACCCUGCCCACGUUCUGGCAUCGACGGAGCCCGGGGUCUUCUGCCCAGGCCACGAGAGGAAGUUCUUGCCCAAACUGGCGAACCAGUUUUCCAUCACGAUGGAAACUGUCAUUGAGAAUCUGGGAACGGUCGCCUACGAGACUCAGCAUUACGAAUCCGAAGAGAAGUUGGUCUCGUUCACUUACCGACCUCACCUACAUGCCGACGGGAUGUUCCUCCUGAACAUACCUGGCUUGAGCGACAUGACCAUGGAGACCUACAGGGUCAUCCACGAUUUCAGGACAGGGAUCCAGUAUAUGAUCAACGAGAAGACGAGUAACUGCACCAUCCAGGGCAUUCCAGUGACAGCCCUGGACGCCGCUCCUGCCGAGAACCAGCACAUAAGGCUGCGUCACGCCUCGGAAUUGAUAUCCAUCGACCCAAAUAUCUUCAUCUACAAAGGAACGAGGCGAGUAAGAGGAAUCAUCAGCGACGUCUGGGUAGCAGAGAGAGGGACCAGGAAGGGUCAGUAUUCUACCGUAGAGAUCUACUUCUCCCACGAGAAUUGGACUGUUGAAGUCGAGGUCUUCAACAAGGUCCGACAGGUCCCCAUAGGAAUCUCUUCCUACGUGGCUGAUGCAGAUAACCCACAUGAGUGGACUUCGGUCGUCCACACCUUCUUCUACGAGUACAGCGAUGGCCAUCCUUCCUGGCGACAGUUUGACAUCUCUCCAUGUCUCAACAGGAUUAAUCGCCUCUUCCUGAUUCUAAGUCUUGAGGUUUCAUAUUCCGAACUGGUUCAUUAUAACCUGGAAGCAGCCAAAAACUCAAUCAGGCGGGCCAUAGCUGGAAUUGCUGGAGUGUCACCUCUAAGGAUCACAGACCUCUUUCUGAGCAGUAGGCAAGCUACUGGAGAGGUUGAUGUCUGGUUUGUCCUGCUGGAGAAACCUGAUGUCACCGGACCUGUUAUGACUCCCAGGCCUCAGCUCAUGAUGGCAGACGCCUACAAGCUCCUCCAUGACAUCACCCACAAGCACAAUGUCUCAGUCAAGCUGGAUCUCUCAGCAAAGAAAAAGUUGUUUGUCACAAUCAAGCGAGGUUCUUUGGAGACAACGACUGAAGCUCUACACCCUCACAUGAGGCACAGAUCCAUGAGGUACCUCAAGGCUGGCUAUACGGCUGGCAGUAUGGCUGGCCUAGGAUUCUCCAUGGCAAUCCUGGGCACAUGCGUUGGUAUCUUCGUUGGAUUUUUGCUUUGGAAACGUCAUUCCUCGGUGCCCUACCAGGUCACAGACUGACGCCGUGGAUACGUUGACCUUGAUGGGCCGAGCAUUCUCACGUGAUCACGUGUCACAGACAAGGUCAGCUCAUCGGGGGAGAGGUGACGGGACAAGGACUCUCAACUCUUUCUUCUUUGUUUGCAGUAUUGCCACCAGAUGGCAGUAGCGUCUAGUUAGGAAUUUUACUCAAGACACCAGCAGCAAGCGAGCAAGGAGGGAGGCAGGCUGGCUGCUUCCUUUGUGCCAAAAUGCUUCCGAAACGAGUCUUCGUAGUAGAUACUCUUUACACGACACGACGGAAAUUAUUAGUAGUAAUAAUUAUUAUUGCAGUGACUUAGAGGAUAAGGAUAUCCAAAAGGAACAGACAGAAGUGUUACACGUCUCUGUAUAAUGGUGAUGGUAUUUAAGUAUUGUAGACAAUCAUAUGUCUUGGUUCAGUAAAUAUAUUAUAAAUUCUUUCAGGUUAAAAUAGGUCACAGUUAUUGCUCUGUACUGUCUACAUUUAUUGUAAAUUCUUUCUGGUUAACCUGAACUUGAUUAGUUUGCUGUGACAGAGUAUUAGAAAUCUGAGUCCCAUGAUUCCACGAAAGUGAUUUUUCAUCUGAAUCAUUGCCACGUCUGGAAAAUCAGUUGCAGGCCCAAAUUCAGCUCUCAUUAAUACAGUAUUACUAUUAAGUAGUAAGGCCAUUGUAUCCUCAAAUGGUAAUCUGAUCAAUCAACCCAGAGCUUGUUGACAGAAGAGUAAGAGUAACUGUACUUUAUCAUCUGGGUGAAACAGUCAUUCACAAGAAUGGCCAUAUAUCAUCAUUUCUGUAAAACAUUCAGGUGGCAUUUAUGUCGUGGAAUCUACAGUCUUCCUCAACGGAAAUUUAAAGAACAGUAAACUGAUGCCAUACGCAUUUGAUCUUAUUGUGUUAACUGCGGCUAGUUGAAAGGAAAUAUUCAAGUCGUCAGAGCACCAGCUGAGAGAAGGAACAGGAGGAAGGUUCUGUCUUGACUCUUAUAGUAUUAUUGCUGUUAUUAUUACUAUUAUUAUUAGUAGGCUGUUCCUGUAUACGUCAGCCAUCCUUGGGAAAGGAAGAAGAAGGUACUACUCCCCUAGCUAUUAUAUUAUUAUUAUUGAGAGAGUACUACUAUACUAUGAUUAAGAGAAUAUUGUUCUCAAGAGAAUACCCAUAUGUGUAAAGAGAAAAAACUGCCUGGUGAGAAGUGUAACGGAGUAAAAUACUGAUGAACUGGUCGAAGGAUCAAUGAUGUAAAUAUGUACACUAAAGAAUUUAGCAGCAUUAACCACUGUGCAUUGCAAAGUCCUUUUUCCACUUAUGUAACCAGGAAUGUGAAACGUUAAAUGGCAUUAAUAAGCAAAGAGUAUUAUAUGUCACAGAGAAAUUAUUUUAUUCCUUUUUUGGGUCGUUUAUGUACAAGACAUAUGAUAAAUUUGUUAACAGUCUCCUUCUAGUCAAUGUUCUGUUUAUAUUUUAUUAUUUUUAUAUCUUUGUUCAUGUUUAGUCUCAGAUUUACUAAGAAAUGUGAUGAACCGGAAGAUAUCAGCUUAGAAUUGAUGUUGUUAAUGUUAUAUUAUGUGGGAGUUGUAUUUGAUUUUAUUUAUUUAUGUUUUCUUUUUACUUAAAAAUAAUUUCAGUCUUUUGAUGGUGCUAUAUGUUCGAUUAGCUGAUUAUUUCUGGUCAGGAUAUAUAUAUAUAUAUAGAGUCCUUUCUUUUUCAGACUUAUUUUCACAACAUUUGUUUUCCAUUUCCCCACAAAGUCACAGAGCUCAGUUGUUUUAAGUCUUAUCACAACAGUUGUUGGUGGAAUUGAAAUUAUAGUCCAUCAGCUUUCACCACACAAUUGAGAGGCCAGUAUUUCGACCUGCAGUUUCAUUCAAAAUCGUUGGUCCAAUAAUUAUUUAGUAUCAGUUUCAAGUGUUGGUGGAAUGUUCAUAGCUAAGGUAUGUAAGGGUAUAUUGUUUACUGUUUUGCCUCUUAAGUACUUGCUAAUUUGUCCACUGUUAAUGUUUCCUCAUAUA